AUGGUCAAAAAGGUCCUAGUUGGAUACGGAAUUGACGUUGACGCCGUCAGCGGCUGGAUCAACACUCAAACUGGUCAAGCUGCUGAUGUGACCAACAUAUCUCGCGGCGUAUUUGGGGCCACCGUGGGUACCGAUAGGCUGCUCAAGUUAUUCGAUAACAACAAAAUCAAAGCAACCUGGUUCGUUCCUGGCCAUUCAAUCGAGUCAUUCCCUAAACAGAUGGCGAAGGUAAGAGAUGCUGGACACGAAAUAUCGCUUCAUGGAUACACCCACGAAUUUGUCUCCCAACUCUCCGCUCAGCAGGAACGCGAUGUGUUGCAGAAGUCGAUUGAGGUCAUCACGGCUUUUACCGGCAAAAUCCCCAGAGGCUGGACGGCACCUGCAUGGACGCCAUCACCCAACUCAGUCAAGCUGCUUGAAGAAUUUGGUCUAGAAUAUGAUCAUUCAUUCAUGCACCACGACUCUCAACUGUACUAUCUCCCGUACCCCCCGGAGACCUGGAAAGAGACAGACUACAAAAAUCUCUCGGCGGGUGAUUGGAUGGCUCCAAUGUCUGUGCUGCGGACAUCUUCCAUAGUCGAAGUCCCAGCCAACUGGCACGUCGACGACUGGCCAGCUUUCCAACCAUUGCGUGGACAAGGUUCCUCGGGCUUUGUUGACCCCCACCACAUCGAAAGAUUUUGGCAAGAGCAAUUCGAAUUCUGUUAUCGAGAAUACGAACAUUUUGUGUUUCCUAUCAGCAUUCAUCCUCAAGUUAGUGGGAAGCCACAGAUUGUUUUGAUGCAUGAGCGACUGAUCGAAUGGAUCAAUCAGCAUGAGGGAGUGGAAUGGUGCACAUUUGAAGAGAUGGCCAACCAAUUCAAAAUGGGAAAGAUGCAGGGGGUGGAGGUUGAAGGAGGUGUUGACCUGUAG